AACAACUGCCCAGAUAUACCACCAUGUCUUUGACAAACGCCAACCCAGAUGAAGCUGCUCGCGCUGCGAAAUUGUCGUCAAGAACUCUUGCGGUGCUCUCCAAUGACGCGAGGAACAAAGCCUUGGAUGCCAUUUACGAUGCUCUCUCUGCUGCGCGGGAUGACAUUUUGGCGGCGAAUGCUGUAGACCUUGAGAAGGCAACGAUUGCGACCAGCGAUGGCCAGCUCAAUCCGAGCAUAUACAAGCGGCUGGACUUGUCUCGGAAAGGCAAAUUUGACGAUAUGCUGCAGGGCAUUCGUGAUGUUCGGUCACUACCAGAUCCAAUCGGCAGGGUGGACCUUCGCACCGAGCUCGAUGACGGACUGAUACUUCAGCGACAAACAUGCCCAAUCGGUGUUCUCCUGAUCAUAUUUGAAGCCAGGCCAGAAGUCAUAGCCAACAUCGCUUCUCUUGCUAUCAAAUCUGCCAAUGCUGCGAUCUUAAAGGGCGGCAAAGAAUCCACAGAGUCGUUCAAGAUCAUUGCCUCCAUCAUCGGCAAGGCACUCGACAGCACGGAAGUCCCGAAUGACUCCAUUCAGUUGGUGGCUACCCGCGAUGCCAUUGACUCACUGCUUGAGCAAGGCCAAUACAUUGAUCUUUGCAUCCCACGAGGCUCGAAUGACCUGGUCCGACAUUGCCAGCGAAAGGCACAUAUGCCAGUCCUUGGCCAUGCGGAUGGCCUUUGUUCGAUCUAUGUCCACCCAGACGCCGACCCAAAAAUGGCAGCAGAUGUCAUAGUGGACUCCAAGACAGACUACCCUGCCGCUUGCAACGCUGUAGAAACCCUUUUGGUACACGAAGACGCCCUCCAAACCAUUCUCCCAACAAUCGCAUCGGCAUUGGUCUCGAAAGGCGUCACUCUCCGCUGUGAUGCACAAUCAAAGGCCGCUGUCUCUUCUGUGGACCCAUCGCAUGUGCAGGAUGCCACCGGCGCAGAUUAUCAAACAGAAUUCCUCGACCUCAUCCUUGCGGUCAAAACAAUUCCUGCUAGUUCGGACGACGCGACCAAAGCUGUGGAUGCAGCUGUCGAGCACAUUAAUACAUACGGCUCUCAUCAUACAGAUGCGAUUCUGACAUCGUCAAAAGAGAUCGCCGAUCGAUUCUGUAACGGAGUCGACGCUGCUUGUAAAUUCUGGAACGCCUCAACAAGGUUUUGUGACGGUAUGAGGUUUGGCUUCGGUACAGAGGUUGGCAUCAGCACCAACAAAGUACAUGCUCGUGGCCCUGUCGGCCUUGAAGGCUUGACUAUCCACGAGUAUCGGAUAUCAGGUAAUGGUCAAUGUGCUGCCUCAUACUCUGGCAGCGGAGGCAGAAAGUACAAGCACGCAAGGCUGCCGCUGUCGAAUGGCGUCUAGGCGUAGUACGUGGAGUCAUUGCGAGGGCAAUAGCUUCUAGAAUUGCACAGAUGGCGUGUUGCAACAUCG